AUGGCAGACGGAGGAGUGGAGCUGACCGAUGCCGUGUUGCGCUCCUUCAGCGUCGCUCGCAACUUUGCCCCGCAGGAGGAUGAAGAUCCGAACGUUCAGAUCACGUCGCUGGACUUCCACCGCAACGGCGAGCGGUGCGUCACGAGUCGCAGAGAUGGUGUUAUGUCCAUGAUUAACUGCUUGAGUGGAACUGUUGCCAAGACGAUCUUGACGAAGCGAUACGGCGUAGGCAUUGUGAGGUUUACCCAUCACCUGGACUGUGUGAUCUUCUCAUCGGCUAACACUGCGAAUGAUCACCGCAUUCGGUAUCAUUCGUUCUUCGACAACAAGUUUCUUCGCUACUACACUGGCCACACCGAUAGUCGAAUGAUGGCAGGGGUCACGUCGCUGAUGAUGCACCCCACUGCAGACCAAUUCCUCUCCGCUGGAAUGGACGGUACGAUUCGACUCUGGGAUAUCCGCCAUUCAGAUACAACGGUGCGGGCAUGGGUUACUUGA